AUGUUUCGCAAUUGGCUACAAUACCUUUGGGCUCUUUUCCUAUUGGCCACUGCCGCUCAGGCCCAGUUCCAGUUCUUCGACCACAUGUUUGGCGGCAACCAACAACAAGCAGCCCAACACCCUGGUUCUCAGAAUGUCCCCAGUGACAGUGUUCGCUACCAGAAGAUGUGGGCUCAAUCGCAAUGCAGCAACUACCUAUGUCCUGGAACCCUCGCAUGCGUCUCCUUUCCGCACCACUGCCCAUGUGCGCACCCUGAUGUCGAAGAAAAGGUGGAGCUAGGAGAAGGCAGUGCCAUCUGCGUUUCCAAGGGAGGAUUCAAGGCUGGUGAGGCGGCCCGAAAGAUCGAGCUGGCUCGCAAGGGCCUUCUGUGA